UAGCACCACCCACGAGUUGCGCAACUGCACGCUUUGUCUUCUGCAGCAAAAACAGAUUUGAAGGGUCGCUUUUCUUCGUGAAAAUGUCUGAGAAAGUUGUGUUGCAUUACUUCAAUGGACGAGGAAAGAUGGAGUCGAUCCGAUGGCUGCUGGCUGCAGCUGGAGUCCAGUUUGAGGAAGUGUUUUUGACCAAAAGAGAGGAGUAUGAAAAACUGCUCAAAGAUGGAGCCCUGAUGUUCCAGCAGGUGCCUUUGGUUGAAAUCGACGGGAUGCAGCUCGUGCAGUCCAAGGCCAUCCUGAACUACAUCGCUGGAAAAUACAAUCUAUAUGGAAAAGACCUUAAAGAACGGGCAAUGAUCGACAUGUAUUCAGAGGGGGCCAGCGAUCUCAUGGACUUGAUUAUAAUGUAUCCUUUCAAACCACCUGAAAACAAACCGACACACCUCAAUGCUAUAGAGCAAAAGGCCAAAGAUCGCUUUCUUCCUGUGUUUGAAAAGGGUCUUGCGAACUCUCAGUUCCUGGUGGGAAACCAGCUGAGCCGUGCUGACAUUCAUCUUCUUGAGGUCACUCUGAUGCUGCAGGAGUUGCUCCCCACCAUUCUUUCAACCUUUCCCAAAAUCCAGGCGUUUCAAGAGAAAAUGAAGGCCUUGCCAACAAUCAGCAAGUUUCUCCAGCCUGGCAGUGCAAGGAAGCCUCCACCCGAUGAGGUGUAUGUGAAGACCGUGAUGGGAGUGUUGAGCCACCUUUUUAAGUAGUAGGCCCACAGGAAAAAGCAUUAGAUGAUGUCAAUCACUAAUUAACUUGCAAGCUUCCUUUGUGUUACAAGAUUAAAGCCGAGACAGUUUAACGAACAGGUUUAUUUGGAAUGUUCAAGAUACAAUUGGGUGAUUAAAAAGUGUGAACUGAACAGUA